AUGUCAGAAUCUAUUCUUUUAGAUGAGAUUUUCACUGUAACAUCUGUUGAUGACCAAAAAUAUCAAAGAGUUUCUCGGAUUACUGGUACAUCUGCGCAAAAUGAUAUGGGUCUCACUCUCGAUAUAAACUCGCAGCUAUACCCAUUGGAACAAGAUGCUACAUUCAGUUUGCAGUUAGCUAGCAAUUUGAAUAGUCAAGAAUUGAAAGAUGCCGCAGACUAUAUUAUGUACGGCAAGGUCUACCGGGUUGAGGAAGGAAACGAUGAUAAAAUCUCUGUGUUUAUCAGCUUUGGUGGCCUUCUCAUGUCUAUUGAAGGUUCUCAUCGUAAACUAUACCGUUUAUCGCUAGAGCAUGUUUAUUUGCUUCUGAGAAGGUAG